GCCUGCCGUUUACCGUCCGACGCACCCCCGGAAGCCAUUUGGUCGCGCCUUCGAACACUAUAUCCCACAAAAACGUCCACCGCCACAUACUUGCGGUCGUUUUACGCGAGGUGUCAGCUUCCUUCAGAGGACGCUCGAACAUACCUCAGGGUCCUCCUAGAGUUGUCCGCCAAGUCCUUCCGCGAUAUGGCUCAACUUCAAGUAGAACAAGAGGUACUGCGCCGUUUCCGUGUCGGCGUGAGCAACCACACACUACUAUCGAAAUUCAGUCGCAAGCGGCCGUGAUCGUUGGAAGAGGCAGUAGACAUCGCAGUCAGCUAUGAAGGUGUUGAACAAUUACAUUCAGACCUACGACGAACUUCCUUGGUCGAAGCCACCCUUGUCGCCCCGUCAGUUCAUGCAACAUACGCCUAUCCUGGAAGGACUCACGCGACCGUCAGAACUGCCCUUACUGUCGAAGUUUCGGUACAAGAGCCCAGCGAUGCGGUCAUAACCCGCCCCUGAAGCCACGAGAAAGCAACGCCCCCUCUGCCUAUUACGACCCGCGUACGCACCGGACACGGAAGCCAUCGGUACCCUCGGUCUGACGGAUAUUACGCCGACCACUGACAUUGUUCCAUGGUGUUUUCACUGGUCCUUCUCCUUAUCUCUGUUCUGCCGUCUUAUGGAUUUUACUUGCCUGGUUUAGCACCGACCAGUUAUUGCACGUCAGAGAUUGCGCGUAGCAACAAUUGCAAAGUAACACCUAUUCGUCCUUAUCAUCGUCUCAGAAUGAAAUUCCACUUUAUGUGAAUAAACUAACUUCCCCCAAGUCCUUCAUUUCAUUCAACUAUGUGAGGUUUGACUUCUGUCCGGCACACAGUAAUGACUAUCCCGCUGAGAACCUGGGUCAGGUUGUUUUUGGAGAGCGUUUGAUGCCAUCAGGUUACCAGUUCAAUUUUCUCAAGAAAGAAACCUGCAAACUGCUAUGUAGUAAAACAUACACGUCCUCAUCGGAUACUCGUUACCACUUUCUCCGGAGUGCAGCAAUUCUACAGUACUCUCACCAUUGGGUUGUGGAUAACCUUCCCGUCACUGUGUGCUUGACGAGUAAUGGAACGAAGCGCUACUGCUCUGUUUCAAUUCCACUGGGCUGCUUUGGCGAAUCGCGGGACUUGUUUGGCACUUUGUGUAGCGUUGUUGCUAAGUCAAAAAAUGAUGUCUACCUGUUCAAUCACGCGAAAUUUACAAUUUAUUACCAUCGGGUCCAAGAUUCGUGGAGUGGCGGAGACAUAAGCCGCAUUGUUGGGAUUGUGGUUGAACCGCGCAGCAUUAACCAUUCGCCUACUUCUCUGGACUGCGACUCCGUAAGGAACCCGUUGCUGCUACCGGCUGCUUUGAACUCCAAUCUAUACAUAGCUUACACAUACAGUGUCGUAUUCGAGCCGAGCAACAUAAAAUGGGCCUCCAGAUGGGAUUACAUCCUCGAAGGGAUGCCCCAAAGCAACAUUCAUUGGAUUUCUAUCCUCAACUCAGUUGUUUUGGUCUUGUUCCUAUCGGGUCUAGUUGCCACCAUUCUUCUGCGCACACUCCGCCGUGACAUCACCCGUUACAGUCAAUUGGAAAAUUCGUCGGAUGUUCAGGAAGAGUCGGGCUGGAAAUUAGUUCACGGAGAUGUCUUUCGUCCACCCACUUGGGGCAUGCUCUUAUCAGUCUAUCUGGGUUCUGGAAGCCAACUGUUUCUCAUGCUUCUGUCCACUCUAUUCUUCGCCUGUUUGGGUUUUCUCAGCCCCGCAAACCGUGGCGCCUUGAUGACGUGCGCAUUGGCUACGUAUGCAUGCUCUGGGGCCUUAGCAGGUCGGUCAUUUUGA